AUGGACCGUAUCAUUUCUAUUUUAGCCCGUAGAUUAGCAAUUUCGGUGGAAGAAUCGGAAAUUAUGAUUAAAUCGGCACUUCAUUCGUCGACUCCGGAACAGGAACUGUUUGACCUUUUGGGUGAAGAUGAAGUGGACUCAAUUGCUGUACUAUUAUCUAGUCUUAAACCUAAAUGGAGUCCUCCAACUGGUCAUUGUAUUAUGGCUUUAGAUGCGACAAUUGACCGAAUCAUGGCGCCUAAGCUGCAGAGGAAUACAACUGAUAUGUAUGAUGAGUAUAUUCUGGAGGCUGCGCCUAGUGCUAAAACGGGUGAGUUAGUGGCAGUGACUGCUAUUAGCCCGGCUUAUCGGCGAGUCUUUGCUGAAUAUACGCACUUUAACUUGGUACAGUCGAUGGUCUUUAAUAGUGUAUACGGGGGAGAAGAGAACGUGCUGGUUUCGGCUCCUACUGGGGCUGGUAAGACAGAUAUUGCUGUUCUGGCUAUUGUUAAGCACUUAGAAACAACUCAGGACUCGGUUGAAGAUAAAGUUGUUUAUAUCGCACCAAUGAAGGCUUUGGCGGGUGAGAUAACUAGUAAGUUGCAGAAUCGGCUGGGAGUGGUUGUGCAGGAACAUACGGGUGAUACUGAACUUUCAAAAGAAGAGAUAGCUCGUAGUCGGAUUCUUAUCUGUACUCCGGAAAAGUUCGAUAUUUCAACCCGGAAAGUCUCGUCAUUUCUCUUGAAGAAGGUCUCCUUGAUUAUUUUGGACGAAGUCCAUAUUGUGAAUGAUAGUCGUGGGCCGGUGAUUGAAUCAAUUGUUUGCCGAAUGAAGUUCUUGACGGCACGCCGGCAGAAACGAACACGUUUGAUUGGAAUCUCGGCUACUUUGCCCAAUCCGCAAGAUAUGGCUCAGUUCUUGCAAGUACAGCCGAAACACAUGCAUACGUUUGGCCGGGAGUACCGACCUGUGCCCAUUGUUUACUCAGUGAUUGGAACUAGAAAGGCCGUGGAUGUAAGUACUGGAGACUUUACGAAGCGGCUGGAUACUAAAGAGAAGAUGGUUUGUGUACUCCAGGAAAAGAUAGAACCACUUAUUGCUCAAAACCAGCAAGUGCUUGUCUUUGUGCAUACGCGCGGGGAUACUUUAGCAGUCGCCGAAGAGCUUUGUGCUACUCUGCCGGCGGGAAUUAAUGAACUGCCAAGUGAGGUGCAAUUACCUGAAGCUUUGGCCCAAAUAUACACCCAGGGUCUGUUUGUCCAUCAUGCGGGUUUACCACGGGCAAUUAGGAACUUUGCUGAACAUGAGUACCGCCAGAAGAGGAUUAAAGUACUGGUCAGUACUUCUACUUUGGCCUGGGGAGUUAACUUACCGGCCCGAGCAGUUAUUAUCUUUGGGACUUCUUACUACUCACCUGAAACUGGUACACGCGCCGAUGUAAGUGUUCUGGAUGUACAGCAGAUGUUUGGUCGAGCUGGACGGCCGCAGUAUGAUACACAAGCCGAAGGCAUUCUGAUCACGGAUCAUAAAUCAUUGCAGAAGUACGUGCGCAUGCUUCGAGCUGAAGAUCCAAUUGAAAGUUUGCUUUUGAAAUCCCUACCAGCCCGAAUGUGUGCCGAAAUGUACUUGCGUAAUAUAAAAACCCACCAGGAUGCUGUUACUUGGCUUAAAUCAACCUUCCUUUGGGUGCGCAUGCAAAAAGCCCCGGAGCGAUAUGGUACUAUUUAUACGGAGAGAGAGGCGGCUAUCAAAGACUAUGCAACACUUACUAUUGAUCGGCUUAAGUCCUUAGAUUUACUUACUGACCGUAAUGAAGUGACCGAUUUAGGACGAAUUAUUUCGCACUACUCUAUUUCCAAACCGACUCUUCUGGCAUGGAACACUCUCCUGGAAGAGGGCAACGAUAAAGUUGUUUCUUUCCUGGCUGAAGCCGAAGAGUUCUCUUCCUUCUCCAUUCGAGCUGAAGACAGGGCUGGGCUUGGUUUAAAGCACUCUGAUACUGAAAUUGAUAAGGAGCUUAAAAUCAAAAUUCUCCUGGAUAAACAUAUCCAAAAACGCGAAAUCAGAGGGUAUUCUCUAAAAAUGGACCAAAAACUCAUUCUAGAUAGUGCAGAUCGACUCUUGUCCGGGCUAUCCGAGUACUGCCACUACAAACAAAAGCCCGUACUGUCCUACCACGCUCUCUUUACCAAGAAACAGAUCGAAAUGAAGGGUCGCCGCCAUGAAAUCUUGCCACUGGAAUUAUCCCUCUCCGUUAAACCCAAUGCCAUUAAGAUCCAGCCAACCUUCUCCGGAGUAGUCUACUUGCGCCAUAAUGGUAAAAUCACCAGUAUAACUCAUGCCCAUGCCAAAAAGGAGUAUCUGCUCAACAGUCGUAUGCUUCUCAAAAGUAUUACUCCCAUCGACCGUAAGCUGAUUCUGAACAGUCGGCUGGAAAUAGUGCCUGUCCGACAGUUUUCAGAAUACGAGCUUUGGUUUGUUGAUCAGACUCUGCAUAAGAUUGCCGGGUACACUCUUGCUUUUCUGGCUUACGUACCGGCCGCGCCCUCCACCGGUAUUUCGUUCAAACGUCCCGAUCUUAUCGAAAUACGUACUUUGCCCAAUGUCUCCAAUGAGGAGUUUAAAGAACUUGCUGUUCUGUUACUUUAUGAGGAGAUCAAACGACUGCGUCAACUCAAACAGACCCAAAUCUACAUUAUUGUUCCGUAUGCUGAAGAUGAACAAACAACUGAAAGCACUAUCAACCGACUUUCACAAACCGAAGGAUACUCGCUUGAGCCAAACUCCACUUUCUUCUCCACUAACAACGGUAUUGUAGUUAAUAAGAAGAAAGCGUGCUUCCCUUGGACUGUGUGUAUCUCUGAAGUAAAAUCGCUCAAAGAGAACAUCGCUCGAGAUGCUUUCUAUCUCUUCUGUGGGUUUUCUAAGGCCGGUGUUCUCUAUACCGACAGUGUGCUCAAGCAAAUACCUAAGUCUUCUGCCAUUAUCUACGAAAGAGAGCACGAGUCUUUAUAUAUUCGCCAGCGCUAUCUGUAA